AUGUCCGUAACAACGACCUCCAAUCCCCUCACCUACGCCUCUGCUGCGGUGCUCAGAGACUACGAACUCGCGCACUCCGAGUCUGAUGAGCCGCUCGAUACGUCGCUGAACGCACACCCUGCUCCGCCAUCAGGAUCAAGCAAUCCCCCGGACUGGCCUACUGAGCAUCGUCGUAUCCCCGCAUACCGACCCGUCAACACAGAGCUUGAUCAGGGUUCACGGAGAGUAUACCAAAACGCGAUCGAAAGAACCUUUAUUGGUGUCAUGUUCUCAGGAGUGUUUUUGGAGGGGACAGCUGCGAAGAUCUGGCGAGCAACGGGUGGUAAGGUUCGCGAUGUUGGUUAUAAGAUCGGUGGAGAAUGGUGA